UUAAAAUGAUUUAAUACCAGAUAUGUAGAUACAUAAUAAAAUUGUUAAGUAAUUUUCGCGCAUCAAAAAUUGAACGCGUGCAAAAUUAUGUAAAGGCGAUAUACGGGCUCGGUAACAGUCUCAUUGACUGGAAUGAUGAAAGUUGUACGAAGUGGAGAUCGGGGGCAAAUAUUGAUCAAGGGUUGCAUUGCGCGUGUGUGCGCACACCCCUCACACCGACAAGGCGGUGCGCGCGCUAAUGUGCGUGUGUCCAUGUGCGAGCCGGGAGCUCCUGUGCCGACCGCCACUCGCUAACUGUAAUGGUCUAUGUACCACACAGUUCCGCCGUUAUCUACUUAAUUGCCUACUAAAUGCAUUCGUAGCGAGAUGUUAAGUAACCCGCCGCGACGGAGCUCGUGUGCCGGCCGCGAUGGCACCGUGAAAAUCAAUAAAUCUCCCAGUGGAACUCGUAUUGCAUGCGACUCAGUGACUCUGUUACCAGUGUGUCGAGUGCAUACAUCGCGAGUGACGGCGAAGUGUGCUUGCUUUACAGUGGAACACGAAGGUCGAUAAGGCGGGUUCCCGAUGUUCAAUCACAAGUUACCGUCUGACUUUCCAAUGCAAACCCUCCGUAAGAAAACCAGCCCUUGCAAAUGUGAGUUCUGUCUGUGCUCGAGAUGCUUUUACACGAUUUUUCUUUGGAUAUCAUUGCGGUCAUGCGGUGUUUAGUUAGAGCUAAAUGUCGGACGUCAGCACGCUAGGGCAUCCUCGCUUUGAGCUGUAUAUUUUGCGUUCUUUUUCGUUGUAACAUGCAUGGUCCGGCUCCGAGGAUCACUGCACUAACUCGGCACCCAUGCUAUCUGCUAGUUGUCUGCUAGUCCCAUGUCAUAAUUAGUGAACCCUGGUUUUGAACAGAGGGUGAGUUGUGGGCCCAGGCGGUGGAGCGGUGGUGCGGCGGGGGGAGUAACUAACUUUAGUGGGUUUGUUCGGAAUAAUGCAGGUGUGUCAUUUCCAGCACCUUCUCCGGCAGUUCGACAAGAACGAGCCGGGACGAUUUCUCGGCGAAGGGGUGUCCUUCCGCGCGAAGCUUAUCGGCGUACUUGAAGUGCCCGAAGCGCGGGGUGAUAGGAUGUGCCAAGAAGCACUGGCGGACUUAAAAAUGGCAAUACGAGCUGCAGGGGAGCACAAACAGAGGAUACAGGUCCAUGUAGCCAUCGAUGGAUUGCGCCUGCGCGACGACAAGACUGGAGAUUCACUGUACCACCACCCUGUCCACAAAAUAUCGUUCAUCGCGCAGGACAUGACGGACUCGCGCGCGUUCGGCUACAUAUUCGGCUCCCCUGACACCGGCCACCGCUUCUUUGGCAUCAAGACUGAUAAAGCAGCUAGUCAAGUAGUUAUAGCAAUGAGAGAUCUGUUUCAAGUGGUAUUCGAGUUGAAAAAGAAGGAAGUUGAGAUGGCAAAACAGCAGCUCGAGGCGAAGAUCCCCAGCAGUCGGCAUGUGACUGCCGUUACAGACAUUAAAACCACUAAGAGUAUACCAACGACCAGCGAAACUAGUUCGGUGGUGUCCAAGCCGGAGGCGAGCGCGGAGGGCGGCGUGGCGGAGCUGGUAGACUUGGAGCAAGAACUGUGCUCGCUACGGCGGGGCCUCACGCAGGUCGAAGGCCUCACGCCCUCCACAGACCCGUUCGGGGACUCAUUCAUUGUGCCUUCACAGAAGGGUUUACUCCCACCUCCUCCAACCGGCACAACUGGCACUAGAGGUCGCUCCGCACCUCCACGAGCACCCUUCAGUCCAAGCAAGCCCGCACUAACCUUCGACCUUGCCGCUGUUGCGGGAGACUUUGACCCUAAACCUGCUACACUGGUCGAUGACUUGCCUGAUCCUCCAGUGCCGCCCGCGGCCGCGCCCGCCUGCUACGACGUGUUCACGGAGCUAGACCCGCUCGGCACCGGCCGGAGUAAACCUUACGUUGACAAAAAACUCUUCUUUCAGGAGCUCAAAAACCCACCAAAGAAAGUGCUCAAAGACCUCGUUCCGUCGCAUUCCCUCCUCUCGGAGAUCAUGCCCCCGGAGCCUAAGGCGGAGGGCUACGGACCGCCCACGACCCUCACCUCCCUGUCGCGUCAUUCGGGCGGCUCGGUCGCGAUCGCUAAGCCGACCCAGCCGACCUUCUCCUCCAACUUUUUCACGUCCGAUCCGUUCGCGGAGACCGAUCCGUUCGACAAUACCGACCCCUUCUCCGACACUUUCAAGGACGAUCCCUUCACGAGCAUGCAGGAGUUCCCGAAGAUCAGUUCGCUGAGAACGGAGGACUUGAAGAGCAAGCUCAGCAAGGAACUGACGCACGAUAGACCCGAGACGAGCGUAGAUACAGGGAAGAAAGUGUUUAACGGUCCGUUACAAGUCACGUUGCCUCCGGAGCCGGCUCCUAAAUCACCGAGACUGGCGAGACAGAACACAGACACAAGUUCAAUACGGCAACGUCCACAACCAAUAUCCAAGCUGAACCCCGAGAAUGCGUCUCCCCCUCCCCCCUUACCCCCCAAGAAGGUGAGCGACGUGAGCAUCGUUCCGCCUCCGAGGCCGCCUCACGACCACGAAGAAACUGAAGACUCAGAGACUCCGCCGCUCCCUAAGCCGGCGAGGAAGAAAGAACCAGUGGCGGACCGCAGUAUGAAGCCGCGUCAAUCGUCGCUAGCGACUAACAGCAGUGAAGACGAAUACCUAACGCCGGCCCCGCCGCCGCUUCCCGCGGCGAAACGCUUCGACAUCACCCUCAGCCAACUGCUCACGCUCACCAUGGAUGACUUGUCCGUCAGACUUCGAGUUCCCGCGGCGACGCUGUCUUCAAUGACUCUUCCUCAACUGACCGAAUAUCUCCGAUCUUAUGUAGCAUCAGAAAACGAAAAAUCGCAUAUACACGUGGAUCCGACGUUACGACCAGAGAAAAAAGUUACCCCUAUAAAACCCACACCUUCUACAUUGUCCGAGAAACCAAUCUCCUUAGCACCCGUAACAACAGACUUUAAACCUCAGUUUGAAGACAACUUCGCAGAAAGCACGGACACAUUUGUUGCAAACUUUGACGAUUUUGAUAAAAAAGCAAACUCGAGCUACGAUAAAUACGCAGCGUUUAGGGAAAUACAAGAGCAAGAAAUGAAAGCUAAAUCGAUAUUAGACCCGAUAGAAACCGACACAAAACUAGAAGACGACAAUGAAUUAACGAUAAUAGAAAAUUUAAUUAAAACCGAGGAGCAAAAGAUUGAAGAACGAAAAGAAUUAGACAAAAGCCCGUUAAAGAGUUUAGACGAACUAACGAUAGAUUCAUUUAACAUGUUCCGGAAUUCAGUUAGCCCGAAACCUAUAGAUGCUAAAAUUGAAGAUAUAAAAACUGUUAUGAAGAAUUUACAAAUAGAAAGAGUCAGACGAAGCGUAUCGCCGCGCGACAAUGGUGUGAGUGAGACAAAACAGGAGGAUGGAAACGAUAGAUAUGCUGCAUUACGUGAAAUUACUAUAACGGAACCUCCUCAGGACGAGUUCGAAUCGAUACCACCAGAAGCGCCUAAAGAACGAAAGAGAUCGGAUGAGAAAUCAGAUGGAUUCGAUAACUCAGAUUUCUUUGAUUGUAUCGAUAAUAGCUCCCUCUCAUUCAACGUUGAAGAUGCGUUUAGGAAAAGUCCGGGUGUGAAAGAGAAGGAAGAGGAAAAGAAGGUGGAGGAGAAGAAAGAGACGCCGAUGGAAGUGAUUCCGGUUAGGGAUUUGCAGCCUCCGACGCGGCUCUCUGCGGGUUCUAUAAGUGAUGUGCCUAGCGGUUCAUCGCCUGAUACUAAAGGUCCAGUGCUGGGCGUGGGCGGAUUGACUCGACUCGGCUGGACAGAAGGCUGGUCCUCUGACUCCAGGGACUCUGAGCCUCGUCAGAGACGUCGACGCACGCACAAUAGAGGACCUUCAGUUCAAACAUCAUCAUCGUCGCGAGAUGUAUCGCCGUGGGACGAAGAGCCGCCAGUAACGCGCUUGCCGCGACCACAUCGCGACAGGGACUCAAGACAUAACUCAUCUGGCUCGAGAGAGUGCCUCGAUUCUGGCAGCGGAAGAGAGAAAGAGAAGAUACGAGACAAACGCGGCAGUAGAGAUAGAGACUUAAACAGAGACGGAAGAGAAUCAGUUAGAGAUAGAAGAGAUUCCGGCAGUGGCAGAGAUAGACGUGACGUCAGCAAAGAGAGAGAUCUCAGGGACCAUAGAGAAAGUAGAGAUAGACGAGAUCGGAGAAGAGAUAGAGAUAAAGACACGUGGAGUAGAGAAAGGAAUUAUAGUAGAGAAAGAGAUUACAGGGAACCGAGGAGUAGAGAUAGAUCAAAAGAUUAUAGGGACAUGGAUCGACAUAGGAAACCGCGACAUUCUUAUGAUGAGGAAGAUUACAGCGACGGCUGCGGCUCGGGCAGGUCUUCUCCGCGAGAUCGGUGGCCCGACCAGCGAUGGAGAAGAGACGAAAGAAAUUACGGUUCACUUGGAUGGCGGGAAACUAGACGAAGAAACGAAUUAAGGCAAGGGGAAGAUCCAAGUGAAAGAAGGUACGGAUCAACUCUCGGUUGGCCCGGGCGGCGCUCAGCAACCAUCGCGUCCCGACGCGAGGCUGAACGAGAGUUACGAGAAUCCCGAGACUCCCGCGACGCACGAGAUUCCGGCCGGGAUUCAGGCCGAGAUUCCCGGGACCCGCGAGAUUCGGGGCGAGAUUCACGAGAUGCGCGGGAUUCGGGGCGAGAAUCAGGGAGGGAUUCUCGCGAUCCGCGGGAUUCGGGACGCGAAUCUGGUCGGGAUUCUCGAGAUCCGCGGGACAGUAUUCGGGACUCCCGGGACCCGAGGCGAAGGCGGAGGGAAGAGCCGCGCACGAGACCGCGGGACUAUCGGUUCUCAAAUGAUUUUUCUCCGCGAGAAAGGGAGCAUACUUCUCCGUUCGAUAACGACUUUCAAGACACUCCUACGCCGAAUGCUAAGAAACGGGCGCCAUAUACAGCUUUGGAUGGAACAAGAUUCGCUUUUGAGCCAGAAGAUACAACAGCGUCCCCUCUAUCAGGAAGCUCGGCGCGAGCGCGCGACGGGGAUUCCCCAGCGACUCGAUUCCGCUUCGAUUCCGACUCGCUCUCCCCUAGAUCGAUGUUCGAGGACGAUUUCACCACAAUUUCCACCCCUAGAGGACGAACGGCAUCUAUAGCUGAAGAAGACGAAGGUGACCUGCCCCCGUUAAGGGCGAAACCUCCACAGCACAAGGACAUAAAGAAAUCGGACUCUGUAAACAUAUUCACAAGGGAAGCAGACCCGUUCGAGGGCGACGCGUUCUUUGCGUGCACGGGGUCCGACCGAGUCGCUCGCAGGGAGAACUGGCCCGGCGAUUUUCAAGGGUUCGAUAACGCGUGAACCCUUAGGGUCUGUUUCGUCCUAUAGUAACUUAUUUGAAAUUUUUCUAUAUUGUGUACGAAUAUCGGACUAAGAUUUUGUGUGGACUGUUUGGGACCUGUAUGUUGCCGUCUUAGGAUCUUUUCAGGUAGACCGGCUCGAACCGCUUUUUUUUGACACAGAUGUUUCACGCUGAGAUUUGGGAGUAUUCGAGAAUAUCCUCUAUCCGACUACCGAGUAUUUACCGACUAGAGAGAGUAUCCUCUAGUCGGUAAAAAUAAACCUUAUGUCAAUAUUCUCAAGGCUAAACCCAAUUUCAAAUACGAUCAAAAUUUGCUCUGCUCUCCGCACCGAUCUAUCUGGAGGGACCCGUAUAGGUUAGGUUGUAUCCGAACUGAUUAGGCUGUGUCGUUUAGCCAUCUGGUCCGUAGUCUAAAGUCGCACCAACCAUUGCUAUAGUAUCAACUGUUAUGAUUGGCUGAACAUAAAUUCAACCAAUCACAACAAUCACAUAUUCUUAUUGCAAUGAUACACAACCUAAGUUUUUCUCAGCUAUUACUAGACAGACUGCUAUACUGUAUCCACGGAGAGAAGUUAAUAUGGGGCUCUCUCUGUUACGUUAUCCCAUACAAAUGACAAGGACAAAACAAUCUGUGGGCCUGUUUUUCUUACUACUCUAUCCACGGAAACAAGUUAGUACUGAAACAUAGGCUCGUUUGUGGUUGGUUGGUCACUGAAAAUGGUUAAGGCCCAUUGACCUUUUGUCUUUUUCUAUGGGAUUACGUAACAGAGAAAGCCCUAUAUUAAUUUCUCUCUCUUAUCACGCAAAAACUUGCAGUCAAUAUGAAUCUAAUCAUUCCUCGGUUCGGACUCGACCUUACGUAAUUUUAAGUGAUAUGUGUCCAAAGAAAUUCAAUCUGAAUGAUUGAUCCUAGAUUUUUACGAAUUAAGUCAAAUUAAACAAAUAUUACUUUGGAAAACUGCUGUAUGCUUGCCUUUGUAUAGAUACUGAUUUUGUUUUUUAAAUUUAAAAUCGAAGUUUAUUAUGUAUUCGAUUUUUUUUAUAAAAUGCCUAUAAAAUACUCGCUAUAUCGAACGUAGUUGUUAUUAAUUUUGUUUUCUAGUUGGAAUGUUACAUCGAACUUUAAAAGUUGUGUACAUUUAUGCAGUUUUCAAAGCUUUGAUUUAUAGAGUCCGACAAGGCUCUUUUGGCACUUGAGUGAGGGCACUGUUGUAGCAUUAAUAUAUGCUGACACAGCGAAUUAUCAACAAGUGCACUUCUCAAGAUGGCGGCUUUAGUUCCGGCCAUGGAGGUUAGAGAGAAGGAGAACGAUCGCUACGCGCUAAAGCAUUAGCGCGCCUGUCCCUGAAAAUUGGUAGAAUUUAUAACCGCGCUGUCGUCGGUAAGGAGUAUCUGUGAAGUUAGCUGUUUAUGAGUACAAGUAGAUGAAGUUAGUUGCAUAAUGUAUAAAUUUUCUUCGCGGCAUCGGUGAGAAAAUAAUCGUGCUCCGUAUUUUUUUAAUUUUUGACGAAAAGAAACAUUAAAAAGUGGUGAAAUAUUGUAUUGUGCGUGGAUGUACAAGUGGUUUAGCAUCUGAUCGGAAAAAUAGAGUGAAAAACAAUUUACGUCAAUCAUCAUUAUUUAAAGUACCAAAGGUAAUAUCUUCAUAGUAGCACAUUGAAAUAUUGAAUGUGUAAAAUUAAAAUAAAAUUAAAUUUUCCUUUGAAUAAUAUUAUAUACACGUGUAUUAAACGUUGAUAUAUCCUUUCAAAUUAGCGCACAACAGCCCGCUUUUAUUGAGACAACUUAGCGAUCGCAGCGCCUCACUUAUUUUGUCCGUAUUUCGGGGACACUAUUUUCUACAGCGAUCGUUCUCCUUCUCUCUAACCUCCAUGGUUCCGGCUUUGGCCAGGCGCCAAAAGAGACUUGUCGGACACUACUUUUUAACUACCAAAAAAUUUUUAUUGUUCUAAACGUGCAAUCAAAUAUUUUUUAUUUUAUAUACAUACCUAUAUCUAAUAAGGUUAUUACAGUUUUUUUUAAAUUCUAAUAACGCGUGGACACACUGAACUUAAGCUACGAAUAACGAAACGUUAUGUCAACGCAAAUCAUUAUAUUUAUUAGCGUACAAACGACAUAUGUACGCUAAUAAUAUUUUGAGAAUUAUUAUUGCUAUUUUUAUGGGUAUUUUAGGACACUAGACUUUUUUUUUAACUGCAUAGACGUGUUAAGUAUCAGGAUGCUGAUUAAACAGAUUUUUAUGGCAAUUGAAAAAUAGUGGUACACAAUUAAAGUUUCAAACCAUUGCACAGAAAAUACUGAUUCAAAUACUGAUGUACACAAAUCUCUAAAUAGGUUACAUCAACAGAUUUUAAAGUAGUGCUAUCCUUUUCAAAACGUUCUCUGCAGAAAAGGAUAAAACAAAUUUUAAACUUGUUUAGAGAUUUCUGUACGAGUAAAUUAGCAUUAUAUUAACGGUUAACUUUCACAGUCUAUAAUUUUUUUAAAGAUGGUGAAAUUCCAAAAAAAAUUGUUUUGCGGUCUGCAUAAAUGUGCGCUAACUAUUUUAGUCCUUUUCUUUAGGUCAAUCUAAUAAUAUUGCCAUUAAAUUAUGGACCUUAAUUUAAGAACAAUAGGUUAUAUUUUAAGGAUCUCAGUAUAUUAAAUAGAAUAUGAAAUUUAUACAUGUUUUAAUUACUGACUACAUUGUUUAUAUUAGGUUUUACUAUGACUAUUUCUUACCAACCUGUAAUAUAUUAAGUUGUAUGUAAACUUUUAGAUUAAGUAAGUACAUAUAGAAGCUGUACAAAAUAUGCAAAAACAACACAUUUUUCUGG